CAACGAAAAAUGAGUAGACGAGACACGUAUUCCAUUUUCUUUCUCUGUUUCUCAGAGUGAAGAAAAUUCAAAAUGGGUAUCGUAAUUGCAAAAAUAUUUGAAUUUUACAAAAAGAUGAGAGUAAAGAGAGAGCGGUAAUUAAGGGGAGGAUGCAGCAUUUAAGAGGAAUCACAUGGCCGCCAUUAAUACACACACCCUCCUCCACCUCCACCCUCAUAUUUAAUGGUAAUGGCUGUGAGAAGAGAAUUACGAACAACCAAAUGAAAGACCAGACCUCCAGCAAAAUGAAAGAAACAGAGGAGUUUACCGUUUGGCAAAAUCUUCGCGCCGUCGAUACCAUUUAUGAAGAAGAUUAUGAGUUUUCCUCCUCCUCUUCUUCUCUCUCUCCGCCACUCUCUCCGCCGCCUCCUCAGCAUCUCCAUUCUCGAGUUCACCAAUGGUCUAAUGUAACUGGAUUUAAGACAGAUGUUUGUAUUCGAGUUGAUGGGCAGUGUUUUCAUCUCCACAAGGAUCCUCUGGCAUCCAAAUCCCCGUAUUUAAAGCGACAAUUGGCCACUGCAGCGGACGUAACGGUCAGCCCACCGCUCAAAAUAACGCCCAAAACAUUCACUCUAGUGGCCGAUUUUUGCUACGGAGCCCCAAUCGUUAUAACGCCGUUCAACGUCGCGGCAUUAAGAACGGCCGCGGAGUUGCUCGAAAUGUCGGAGAUGGAAAAUAAUACCGACGACGAAAAUUUGGUGUAUGUAACCGAAAAAUACUUCCGGCGGGUUGUAGCCGUUAACCGGGAUUACGCGUCGGUGGUGUUCCGGUCGUGCUUAGAGUUGCUGCCGGAGGCCGAAACGAUGGCGUUUCUGGGUAGUAGAUGCCUUGAAGCGUGGAGUUUGGAAGAUGAGAGUGAUAAUGGCGAUAUUACUUGCUUUGAAGAUUUCAAAUGUUUGGAAGUAGAGAAUUUUAUGGUAUUGGCUUCGUCAUUGAACCGCAGGUUUAAAUGCCACGACUUAAUCUACAAAAUCGCUCUUCUAUAUCUCAAAGGACAUGGAAGGAAAAUCACAGAAGACCAAAAGGUAUUAAUAUGCAAUUUCAUAGACUGCGACAAGCUAUCCCCCAAACUACUCUUACACGCGGUUCAAAACCCAGUAAUGCCGCUCAGAUUCGUUGUCCGAGCCAUGCUAAUCGAACAACUCAACACUCGUAACUCCAUUAUCAGCAGUACUACCUCUGCUGCCACCACCAAACCCCCACCGCCGCGUCCAAUUCCCAAGGACCCCCUCACGCUCGGCGCAAUUCUCCAGCGCGAUGCCGCGGCUCGCGAGUCCGCCAAGUUGAAGGCCGCUAUGCACGCCACAAACUCUCGCAUACGAACCCUCGAAUCCCAACUCUCAUCGAUGAAGAAGAAGCUGCAAGAGUCUGAGAAACAGAGGAGUUUGUCCGAGGACGCUGGCCGUGGCCGUUCCGCUAGCUUUCAUUACGGCGUGGAGAAGAGCAAUAGUAAUAAUAGUAAGGUCGUCGCUAGAGGCCAACGUGGGUCAACUUCCUCCUCUGUUUUUCGACUGAGUGCUGAUUUCAAGACAGAGUAUUUGAAGUUUGGCGGUGGUUGCAAGCCGUUUUCUGAUCGUGGGUCGUUGUCGAAUCAUGAUGGGGAUAGGAAAUCUGGGAGAAGUAGUAGUAUUGGGCAGAGAUUGAUAAAUGGAAUUAAGAAUGUGUUUCGGGUGUCGAGUUUAGGAGAAACAGAGAGUAAAGUUCAGAGCAGAGAUGAUGAAGAGGAAGGGGAAGAUUUGUAUGAAGAAGAGGAAGAUGAUGAUGGGGAUGACGAUAUUGUUGUAAUGAGAAGAAAUCAGCUUUAUGUUAAGUAGAUGUUGGUUUUUUAGUUAAGUUUUUAGUUUUUAGUGUAUGUUGUCGAAUUUAUUCUUCUUGUUGGCAAGGCAACUUGUACAUGUAGAUGUAGGGUUGAACGAGUAAAUCAGCGGCUUUAAUGUGGAUUUAUAGUUUAUAUUUGUUUUUAAAAAAAUCAUAAAAUACUGUUGAUUUUUUUUUUUCC